ACUCAGAGCAAAAAGCUAAAGGCACAUAAUAACAUCGAAAUUCGAAAGCUGAAAAAAAAAAAACAAAUUAUUUUUUUGGUUUAGUAAUCAACCAGAAGCCCCAUCUGAGCAGAGCGGGUGGUCCGUGAAAGCAGCCAAAAAUCGAGAUGUCUGACAAGCAGCAACAGAAGCCAGCAAAGCCAGCAAAGGCAGCGAAGGAUGCGAAUCCGGGCAGCAGCGGAAACAGCAAUACGCGACCCAAUGCCAGCCAGAUGGAGCAAACGGAGAAUACGAAUGUGUUUAAGCAGCUCUUUGCCACGCUCGAGGCAGAGCACCAGAAGCUACAGGAUCUGGAGCAGCGUCGUCUCAAGCUCACCGAAGAGAUGAAGAAUCUGCGCGAUAUGCUGCAGCAGGAGAACCGCAGGCUGCGCAGCAGCUCCGAGGAGGCUCAGGCCCGCAACAAUGCCUCAGCAGGUUCAACAUCAGCCGGAACAGUUCUCAGUUCUCUAUUUGGCAAGAAAUCGAAGAGUGUCAAAAUAGCCAAACAGCCACCAAAACAAAUCGCCAAUCAGCUUCAAAUGCCCGACCAUAUUGACCAGGGCAUGCUCUUGACCACAUUGGAUAAUCAAAUGGCUGGGCGUGCCGGCAAGGAGGAACUGCAACUGAUGCCAGCGGAUCUGUGCGAGCCACCUGGCCCACAAACGUCCGAGGUGCUCAUCCAGCUAAUCGAUUCGAGCUCUGCCAUGAGGCAGCUGCAGACAAUCGAAUUGCCAGCUCUAUGGCAUACGCCCGUCAGCUCAGUGGAUCUGGCGUCAUUUCUACAGAUGUCGAACACAUCCGUGGCCCAAUCAGGCACUGAUGAGUCUAGAGACGCUGAAUGAGUGCGUCGAGAACAGUUUCGCGGUAACAGGCUAGAUCGAUUCAGGUGCUCAGCAUAGCCAUACUAUAGUAUAUAUACCAGGGGAGCCAACAUAAAGUUCACUUACAAAUUUUAGUAUUCAAUGUUUGACAUAAGUACACAAAAGCCUACCUGAUCAGACUGUAUAACAACUA